GCAGCGCAGCAGAAGCUUGUCAGGUUGUCUGCCUACACUUGCAGGACACUCUGUACGCUGGACGCACCUCGUGACGUCACUCCUCCCUGACUGUACGAAUCACCCGCAAUGGAAUCAGUUAAGAAGGUUAAGGAGACCCUGGCCGUGGACCUGGGUGCCCUCCUAGACGCAGGUGACGGCGCUAUGGUGACAGUGGUGGCAGGAGAGACGCGGCUGGCUGCGCACAGGGCCGUCCUGGUCGCUAGGAGCCCCGUGUUCCAGGCAAUGUUCCACCACGACACCCUGGAGGCCAGCAGCGGCCAGGUCGCCGUCACAGACGUGGAGGGGCCAGUGAUGCGGCAGCUGCUGGCCUACAUGUACACCCUGCAGGCCCCCCAGCUGUCCGGCAUGGCCCCCCAGCUGCUGGCGGCUGCAGACAAAUACGGCUUGUCAGACCUGAAGGAUGUGUGCGAGCAACAGAUGGCUGAACAACUCGAUGUGGAGAAUGCGGCGACGGCAGCCGUGCUCGCUCUGAGACACUCCUGCCCCACCCUCAGACAAGUCGCUGUUGCAUUCAUAAAGGCCCACAAAUACCAGGUGGUGAUGACGCAAGACUGGGCAGACGCUACGGUCAGCCACCCACUCUCUGUUGUGGAGUUAACCCGACUGAUCGUAGAGCCACCUGCAGAAACCAGAGCAUCAGCCACUACGGAGAGCCGGCUCAUCCCGGACACUCAGCUGUAUGGCGACGACGACUGGCCUGACCCAGCUGCAGUGCCCACAGCUUCCCGCCGCUUUCCCCCACUUUUCGACAUCGCUGUCUUGUACUAUCGGAGCCUUCCUGGGCUGCAGAGAGACAGGAACCUGAUCCAGGCGGGUGAGGAGGGGGCAGUGGAGAAGCUGGAGGCACUGCUCGCAGCAGGGGCGGACGUGAGUGCGGGGGAUGAGCAGCGGCUGACGGCUUUGCAUUGUGCAGCAAGGGAGGGACACGUGCGGGCCGUGAAUUGUCUGUUGGAGCAUGGGGCAGAGGUGGACGCCAGGAGCAAUUUGGAGAAUACACCUUUGCACUUGGCAGCAUGGAAGGGCCACGCAGCUGUGGUGCGGCUGCUGCUGGCGUCAUCCGCUGACCCUAACGCCACGAAUCGCUUUGGGAAGACGCCGCUGCACAGGGCGGCGCUCGACGGUCAUGCAGGCGCGGCGGCUGUGCUGCUGGAGUCAGGGGCCAACAGGCGGGCCAUCGAUAACACGGGGGACACUCCGCUGGACCUCGCCAGGCAGAACUACCAGCUAGAGCUCAUAGAUAUGCUAACAUAACGCUGGAAAUCUUACGAAUCUAGGUUGGCAAAAAAACAAAAAAAUCGCUACCUGACAUCUCGUUAUUUUA